GGCUGUGCGUGUUGGGUGGAACAUCUUCAGUUUAGAGGACUCGCGUGGACGCGGGGAUAAGUGUCUAACUUUUUAUUUCUUCUUAAUUUUUUUGAGAGUGAUUUCCUGUUUCAUUUUUCUUUUGGCGCUUUGAUUUGUGCAACAUUCUACAUCGAAACAAAACAGGGACAACGAGGCAAUCAGUUGUUCCCGACAACGAAUCGAAUGGGUUUUUUGGGAGGAUUUUAUGAAAAACACUCACACAUUUCUGUCUCUUGUUGUUUGGAAAGAAAAAACACAUCUGCAAUAACGAACUAAAACAACAGUGACAUUGUUUUCAAUUAUAGCCCAAUGACAAUGUUUUUUUCUCCAAGUGCGGUGAUUUCGGAGUGUAAACAUCGAAUCGAAUUGUGAGGAAAUUUGGGAGAAGUCGUCGAGGUCUAUCGGACAAAGAGUGGACUGAAAUAUAGCCACGAUAGUUUAAGUUUCCUAGAUGCAUCCUCUCUUGAUUUAGGGGGGGAUCGGGACAAUAACGUUGGCCAGUUUUGCCGCGGUAUACAAUAUACUAUAGCUCUAUAAAAAACAAGUUUUUAUUUGUGGGAAAGUUCCUAUUUCUAGACUAUUCUUCAAUUUUUAAAGAAAGUGAAUGGCAUCAACACGAGGUUUUCAGUGUAAUCUUUUUACCAUGUUCUUUUAACUCGUUCCAAGUGAAACGGCUGUUUGAACUGUUGUCAGUGUCAGAUGUGGUCAGUGUUGCGGCCGAUGGGUACACGGCCCAGCUGACCGUGCCACAAAUCAUCCGUUUCACUUUUUUUGUCACACAACCCAAGGAGUUCGUUAAUAUUACGGAUAUUCUCUGUGCCAUGAUGGAGUUCAUAUCCAGGCGCAUUGCCCCACUUUGUCUGGUGCUGCUGGAGUGUUUGCUACUGUCGACAGCAGAAGAAGAGGUCCUCAUGAACACCAAGACCGAGACGUCCGAUCUCCGGUGGACAAUCUACUCCCGUGACAACCCUCUGUGGGAAGAGGUGAGCGGUCUGGAUGAGGAGAACAACAGCGUGAGGACCUAUCAGAUCUGUCAGACGGACGGCUCGUCCAGCCAUUGGCUGCGCAGCGGGCUGAUCCAGCGGCGGGGGGCGUCCCAAGUGUACGUGGAGCUGAGGUUCACCAUGAUCGAGUGUUCCUCCAGGGUUGUACACCACCGCAGCUGCAAGGAGACCUUUAACCUCUACUUCUACCAGGCCGACUCUGACGAGGCCACGCCCACACACCCCUCCUGGAUGGAGAACCCCUACACUAAGGUGGACACUGUGGCCGCCGACUUCCUGCUGAGGAAGGGCGGGGAGCGGAAGUUCAACGUGAAGACCCUGCGCCUGCGCCCCCUCACCAAGAAGGGCUUCUACCUGGCGUUCCAGGCCCAGGGGGCGUGCAUGGCUCUGCUGUCCGUCCGUGUGUUCUUCAAGAAGUGCCCGGCCCUGACCAGCUCCCUGUCCUCCUUCCCCGAGACCGUGCCGCGCACGCUGGUACAGGAGGCCCAGGGGGAGUGCGUAAGCAACGCCACCCUGCAGGGGCCGCGGACGCGCCCGCCUAAGCUCUUCUGCGGGGAGGACGGCCAGUGGGUGGGGCAGCCGACCACCUCCUGCGGCUGUGUGGCGGGGUACGAGCCAGCCGACGGACACACCCGAUGCUCAGCUUGUCCUAUCGGGCAGUACCGUUCCAGCCAGGGAAGCGAGUGCCGGGCCUGCCCAGGGUUCAGCACCGCCGUGGUGUCGGGUUCGCCGGUCUGUCAGUGUCGCCCAGGAUACCUCCGCUCCGGCUCGGACAGCCCAGACACCCCGUGUACCAGACCCCCGUCGGCCCCGCGCAACAUCGUCACGCAGAUCAACGACACCACGGUGACCCUGGAGUGGAGCGAGCCCCAGGACAGCGGCGGCCGGACGGACCUGAGCUACUCCGUGGAGUGUUCCCUGUGCGAGGCCUCCACGGGCCCCUGCUCGCCCUGCGGGGACAACGUCAGCUACCGGCCCUUUCAGCGUGGCCUGCUGGGCCGCAGGGUGGUGGUCUGGGGUCUCAUGCCUCACACCACCUACACCUUCUCCAUCCAGGCCCUCAACGGGGUCUCGGCGGCGGACGGCCAGGGGGCGCCCAGCGACACGGUCAACAUCACCACCAGUCACGACGUCCCGGUGCUGGUGUCUGUGAUUCGGAAAAGCACCUCCACAGAGAGCAGUCUGACUCUCCACUGGCCCAUCCCUGCCCAGCCCCACUACACCAUCCUGCAGUAUCAGCUCCGCUACUGUGAGAAGGGGAGUCGAGGGGAGGAGCAGGCGUGUCGUUUCAGGGAGAGUGACGUCAACCAGGUAGUUCUUAGUGAUCUCCGCAGAGCCACUCAGUACGAGGUGCAGGUCCGGGCUCGCACCAUGGCCGGCUACGGCAGCUUCAGCCCGGCGGUGUCCUUCCGGACCCUCCCUGACGGAGACGACCCUCCUUCCCAGUUCCUGGUGACUGGUGUCCUUAUCGCCAUGGGAAUGCUGCUGCUCAUCACAGUCAUUGGAGUGUCAGUCUUCUGCAUCCGCAGACACAGCAGAAUGAAGGACCCAGAACUAAGUGAUAAAAAUGGCCAGUAUCUCCUGGGACAAGGGGUCAAAGUCUAUAUCGACCCUUUCACCUAUGAAGACCCCAACGAGGCCGUCCGAGAGUUCGCCAAAGAAAUCGACGUUUCCUUCGUCAAGAUCGAGGAGGUCAUUGGCGCGGGCGAGUUUGGGGAGGUGUGUCGGGGCAGGCUGAAGGUCCCGGGGAAGAAGGAGAACUACGUGGCCAUCAAGACCCUGAAGGGCGGCUUCACGGACAAGCAGAGGCGGGACUUCCUGUCGGAGGCUAGCAUCAUGGGCCAGUUCCAGCACCCCAACAUCAUCCACCUGGAGGGCAUCAUCACCGCUUCCUGUCCCGUCAUGAUCCUCACCGAGUUCAUGGAGAACGGAGCGCUCGACUCCUUCCUCAGGCUGAACGACGGUCAGUUCACCCCUAUCCAGCUGGUGGGCAUGUUGCGCGGCAUCGCGUCAGGCAUGAAGUACCUGUCCGAGAUGAGCUACGUCCACCGUGACCUGGCUGCCCGCAACAUCCUGGUCAACAGCAACCUGGUGUGUAAGGUGUCAGACUUCGGCCUGUCUCGCUUCCUCCAGGAGAACUCUUCCGAUCCCACCUACACCAGCUCUCUGGGGGGUAAGAUCCCCAUCCGAUGGACCGCCCCCGAGGCCAUCGCCUUCAGGAAGUUCACCUCGGCCUCGGACGCCUGGAGCUACGGAAUCGUCAUGUGGGAGGUGAUGUCCUUCGGGGAACGUCCGUACUGGGACAUGAGCAACCAGGACGUCAUCAACGCCAUAGAGCAGGACUACCGUCUGCCGCCACCGCCCGACUGCCCCACCCACCUCCAUCAGCUGAUGCUGGACUGCUGGCAGAAGGAGCGAUCGGCCCGCCCUCGUUUCGCUGCCAUCGUCAGCGCCCUGGACAAGCUGAUCCGCAACCCGGCCUCGCUCAAGAUCUUGGCCCAGGAGGGCGCGGGGCCAUCCCACCCCCUGCUGGACCAGCGGGCCCCCCCAGCCCCCUCAGCGUGUGGCUCUGUGGGGGAGUGGCUGAGGGCCAUCAAGAUGGAGCGCUAUGAGGACAGCUUCCUGCAGGCUGGGUUCACCUCUGUAGACCUACUGGCCCAGAUCACUGCCGAGGACCUGCUGCGUCUGGGAGUGACCCUUGCUGGACACCAAAGGAAGAUCCUGUCCAGCAUCCAGACACUGACCAUGACCAAAAGCCCCAGGACCAUACGCUUCUAACUCACCUUGACCCGACACGGACACCAGCACGCCAGAGCACGCUGCACAUCUCGCACCCAUGAACCCUGCCAGCCCCUUCCGGUACUGGACCGACCCAAUCCCUCACCGCGGCACCAGCCUGUCCCUUCUUACGCACAAAAUCUAUCAGAGAUUAUAGAUGACCUUCCCCUAGAACCGGACCAACCUGUUCUUGCAGAGAACCCCAGUGGACAGCCUGGUGCUGGGGACAGCUGGAGUGUCUGGGACAGUUCAUCUUCACUACACAUCCACCGCUUUACUGCUUGAAUGUUUAUCUGUGGCCCCCUAACAUACUGUUGAUGCUGGUAGAGGGACAGAUCAGUGCCAAUACCAACCCAAGGACUGAAGCAUUUCUAUUGGUGUAUUUCAUGACGCAGCAUAUGAACUAGCCAGUAGCCAAUUGCACUACUGCGACGUGUUGUCACUUUCACUCAUUUGUGUUUAGGAUUAUUUAUCCAUGUGGAUUAUACGACGACGUGGACGACGGCAUUUUAAACAGACCGGACUCGUUUGGACUUUUAGCGGGUGGGCCUUUUUCUGUUGUUUUUUUCAAAAUGGCCUCGCCUUUCCUCAGGUGUUAUGGGUAACGUAGGCGACUUCAGUGACAGUGUGUGAGCAUCCUGGUUCAGCUGUGUGGGAGGGGAGACGGGCCAAGACAUAUCAGCACUUUUAUAUUGAUACAGAACACAGAGCGGUUGGGUUUUCAGGCAGUUCUCUCUGUCUCCACCCAUCCUUCUCUCAGCCGCAGAACUUCCUGUGUUUCUCCCGGGAGUAUGGCUCGCUGGGCAUUUCCACUUCCUGUUGCUGCUGGACUGGGUAGCUCACUUCCACACACUCCAGAAGAGAGGAGCUCCCUGGCAGCGGACACAGAGACCAAGAGGACACUGUUCAAGCCUUUUCUACACGGGACUUUGACCAGGAAAGCCAUCAGACUGGUUUCUUUCAUUAUACAGUUGAUAUUAAAGAUGGCCUGUUUUUUGUCUUGUUCGAGUGCCAUUUGAUCUUCUGUGAGGACUGAAAUAGAAAACGCCUCUUCCAUAAAGCAGAAACCCCUCCCACAGUUAUGUAGUUAGAUCUGCCAUACAAAGUCCCAUCAAUCGCCAGCAGUUUCACACGUUUAGGGAGAUUCAUUGUGUGAUUCCUCGUUAACCGAUGCAUUGUGGGAAAUGUGGUCUUCACAUUGAGGAUCUGUUAUAACAACAGGGACCUAUCUUUUAUAAAGUUGCCUUUUGAAAUAAUGUAAAGUGUUUUGAUUCCCCCCCUUUGUGUGUGCAAUCUGUAUUCAGUCAUAAUAAAGAUCCACACCAGUGUUUGUCA